CUGACUUCCUCACACAACGCUCACCCUCUCUCAUCAUCUUCCUCACACUCUCUGUUUAUAUCUUUUGUCUUCUUUUUUUUUUUUUUUCUCUAAGUGCGCACGUUAAGCAGGGAGAGUGCGCACCAUAAGCCAUGAAUCGCAAAGCUAUUUUCUUAAUAGGUUUUAUCUGCAUUGUCGUAGCCGGUGUUGGAGGUCAAUCUCCGGCCAAUUCACCGUCUCAAUCACCACCGGCUACUCAAGCUCCUCCCACCCCUACCACACCCACUGCUUCACCUCCAGCCAACAAUCAACCGCCGCCGACUCCGGCAGCCACUCCUCCGGCUUCUUCCCCACCUCCGACAACUUCAUCCCCACCGCCGGUAACUCAAUCUCCUCCUCCUUCCACUCCUCCUCCGGUCUCUGCUCCUCCACCGGCUACUCCUCCUCCGGUUAGCUCUCCCCCUCCGGCAUCACCACCACCGGCGACUCCUCCUCCGGCUACUCCUCCUCCGGCGACUCCACCUCCGGCAUCUCCACCUCCAGCAUCUCCACCUCCGGCAACUCCACCCCCAGCAACUCCACCACCGGCAACUCCACCUCCAGCACCCCUUGCUUCCCCACCGGCCACCGUUCCGGCUCCAGCUCCAAGCAAGAAGAAGGCGAAGUCUCCGGCUCCGUCGCCGUUGGGUCUCAGCCCAGGCAGCAGCCCACCUGCUCCUCCUACCGAAGCUCCUGGGCCUAGCUUGAACACCCUCUCACCUGGCCCAUCUCAGGAUGUGAGUGGAGUAGAGAAGAUGUGGAGCAUUGGGAGCUUAAGCAUUGGAUGCGUUUUCCUGUGGUUGAUGGUGUAGGGGAGAUCAGUGUUGCCUCCCAGUAUUAUUCUUUUUUCUUGGUCUUGAACCAAUGUCUAUGUUAUUUUAUAUUGUCUUUUGAUAUAUAAUAUUAUAGUAUUAUUGGUUGUCCCACUUGCCAGUUUAGCCCACAUCUGGAUGUUUUUUGGUAUUUGAACUACAUUACAUUUUGUUGAAUUCUUUGGGAGAAUUUUGAGGGGGAGCUUUUGUAUUGUGACUAUUGAGGGUUUUGUAUUGGAUUAUUUCGUAGUUCUUUACCUCUUUCUCUCAUAAUUCCAUCUUUUUUCAUUCUUUCUA